AUGGACCCCUUUGCCAGCUAUGCGGCUCUCGACAAUCCACAACAAUUCUGGCUCGAGCUCGACGAGAUUCUGCAUACCCCGUUUCACCCAGCCUCGUACGCGUCCACAUGUUGCGCCAGCAGUAAUGACCAGGCGGAGAAGCUGUUGCAAGCCAAGCGUAUCUAUGUCGCCAGCGUGCUCGCCAAGUUCCUCCACCUUUGUGCGGCCUCUUUCAACGACAACCUCACGACCGAAUACAACCAGGACUACUGCAUCAAUCGACUCUUCAACUCUACCGUCUUUCGUGACGAUGUGGAGCCAACAUCAGAAGCAGCAGCAGCAGCAGCAGCAGCAUCAUCAUCAUCAUCGGUCGCUAGCGCCAACAACGUUGCUAUGCAUCAGUUGGCGGCAGAAGAGGCGAUACGAAUCAUGCAGACAUCCACGUCCAUCCCAGUGCUUCUCAUGACGUACGAGAUCGUUUUGCAGUACGGAGACGCUUUCCCAUCCACGUACAAGUCGAUCCAGGCCUCGGCAUCAACGGUAUCGUUUGUCGGCGUUCGCGCUUUCUUACAUCGGCUGGUGCAUCAGAUUUGGGCGGGCAGCUAUGCAGCACAAGCAGAAGCAAAGAUCGGCAUUUCGGACAAACAGCACUCAGAUGUCGGCGCUUGGAACGCUGAUCACUGGGAUCAAGAUGAACCAGUGUCGGCUGUCAUCUCGAAAGCCAGCACGAAGCCCAACUCGUCUUCGGCGUCCAAGGACAUCGCCAUCCAGAUCAGCCUGCGCGAAAAAGCGGUUCGCAUGCUCUACGAAGUGUGUCGUGUGCAGAAGCUCGAAGCUUCACACCUCAAGGCGUUUGACGAACGAUUCAUCCACCACCUCUUUGAUCUUGUCGAAGAAACGCGUUACCAUCACAAUGAAGACUUUAACUAUCGCCUCAUCAAGCUGCUCGUUGCGAUGAACGAGCAAUACAUGGUCUCUGCCCUGGCCUCCACCCAAACGCAUUCGAGUACGCCUUGCUCGUCGAGACCGGUCAACCUGGUGCUUAGCGUUUUGCAGCAACGUCUGAACGCGAGCAAAACGUUUGGCGAAAAUCUCAUCUUCAUGCUCAACCGAGCCAGCAGUUCGGAUGCCGAAGACGUGUGCAUGCAGCUGCUCGUGCUCAAGCUUCUCUAUCUGCUAUUUACCACCAAGGAGACGGCAUGCUACUUUUACACCAACGAUCUGCGCGUUUUGGUCGACAUCUUUGUUCGAGAGCUCAACGAUCUUCCGGACGAAAGCGAGUCGCUUCGACACACGUAUCUGCGCGUGCUGCAUCCGCUGCUGACCAACACGCAGUUGUGCACCUAUCCGUACAAACGACCACAGAUUCGACGCUUGUUGAGGGGUUUGAUCUCGCACGGCCAUCUGAACGAUAUCUCGGCUACCACCAAGCGCUUGGUGGAGAGGUGUCUGAGAGCCGAGUGGUGUGUAGAGCUGGAUCGCUUGGACGGAACCGAAAGCGUGGCCAAGCUCGAGCCGAUCGGUGGCGGUGAGGCGCACGUCAAGCUGAUGCACGUCGGUCUCACGUCCGAAGGAUUGCCCAUGCUGGAUACGCGCAUCAAAGAGCGGAGCAGUGAAGUGCAGGCAACGGCUGAUUCGUUGGCGGUGACUACCGAGGAUCAAGUGGCGAAUCCUAUCAGCAUCACCACGACCAUGUCACCUGCAGAUGCGACAAGCACCGACGUGGCGUCCGUGUCGGCAUCGUUUGCGUCGUCUGCACCGCCAACGGCGUCGCUCAACGUUGCGGCGAGUCUGCGGACCAGAGACAAGAGGGUGGCUUCGCUUUCGCACGCGCCUUGCGAAGCAGCACCAGCAAGCGCGCUGCUGCGGCCGAAUUCAGCUGCUUCGUUCAGCAGAACCACAUCCACAUCGAAGCAACACAACUCCACAAGCGGCAGCGGCAGCGGCAAUGGUAACGGCAACGGCAACGGUAACAGAAGGGCAGUCUCGGCCCAAUCAGCGCCAUGCACUCCACCACGGAUGGACUCGCCAUUUCUGGCGGUGGGUCGACGACCAACUGGACGACUUUACGAGCAGUCUCGAUCGUUGAUGGGUGUGAAUGCCGACGCCGAUGCGGACACUGACGAUGCACUGUCGAGCUCUAGUUCGUGGCACGCACACAUGCUCGAGGAACCCGGUAGCGAGUCUGGCAAACACCAGGCUGGCCAGGCUGGCCAGGCUGGCCAGGCUGGUGGCAGGGUGAGUGAGCCGGACGCGAACGCGAUGCACUCUGCACAUGCGCAUGUGCAGAGUGGGCUGAACAGCGAUUUGACCGAGCAGCUCGGUGGUGUGCACUACGCUGGUGGGAGCGUCGACGGUGGGAUGGGCGCGCCAAGCAGUGCGUCGGUGGCGGGAGGUGCAGGGCGUCGUCAACGACGAAAGCCGCCGUCACCACCGCAAGCACGGCGGGUGCUGAUACAGUCGCACAGCGCCGAACUGGAUGUCGCGCGCUCGCGACCAGCUAGUGCGGCUGAGUGUGCUCACACGACGACAAGUCAUGUUCCGGCGUCGUUAGGCGCAGCUAAGGCAGGCGCAAGGAGGAGACCUCCUCCGCCGCCGCCGGUUGCAUCGAGCGGAUCAGCGGUUGCGACAGCAUCCACAGGUCACACACGAGCCAAUGUCGAACACGAGCAUCGGCGCACAGACGACAUGGACAAUGCACAGAGCUCAUAUAUUGCCGAACGGCUGGGGCGCGGAUUGCGGAUUCGAUGA